AUGGACCCAGAAGACAUGAAAGACGGGCUAGAAUCCGUUUUAAUUCGUCAAAGUAUCCGUAGUGUUUCUAUUGCUGAUAUUGCUAUGCAGCAUUCAGACAAUGAAAACCUGUACGUUGCACCUGCUGGACGUGGAUUAGCAGAUGUAUUACCACAAUUACAAAAAAAAGUAGGUAGCGAAUUACUAUUAAGGCGAGCUCUUGAAAAAGAAGCAGAUAUAUUGGAUUUUUGUAUUAUUGAUACAUCCCCGAAGGGUGAUUGGUUGACCAUGUUAGCCGUUAGCGCAGCGGAUAAGUUAAUUAUUCCGAUGCCGUUACAACGUUCUGCGACAAAGCAUAUUUUGGAGUUAGAAGAGCGAUUGAUGGAAAUUAAAGAAAAUCUAGAUGUUGAUAUUGAGACACUUGGUUUUUUACAAUGUGCAGUUGAUAAACGUGACGGAGUUGAAAAUCGUCGUACUUACUGGGAUGUUUUAGAUGCUUUUGGUGAGGAUACGUUUUUGAAGACCAUAAUCAGAAAAUCUACUGCUAUUCAACGUGCUGAAAGGUCAGGAAAGUCGGUUGUGGAUUUUGAACCUGCUUCCCGUGGAGCGAUUGAUUAUGAUUGUUUAAGUGAAGAAGUCUUGGUAAGGCUAGGACUGCCAACUCAAAAACCGAAAAAUAAACGUUAG